AAGAUGACAUCUGGAAGCAGCUGAAGCUGUCCGGCUUCAUGUCUCCAUCCUCCCCUGAGGGAGGACAAGAAGAUGAGUGUCACCAAUCAUCCCUCCAUCAACAUCCUGACCAUCAUCUUCCUGGUUCUGUCUACUACAGCUCUCUCUGCUCACUUUCGGGUGUGUGAGCCUUACACCGAUCACAAGGGGCGCUACCACUUUGGAUUUCACUGUCCUCGUCUCUCGGACAACAAGACGUACAUGUUCUGUUGCCACCAUAACAACACGGCCUUCAAGUACUGCUGCAACGAGACCGAGUUUCAAACAGUCAUGCAGGUCAACCUGACCACGUCUCCAGACGGCUACGCUCACAACAAUUACUCUGCAUUAAUCGGCGUGUGGAUCUACGGAUUCUUCGUCAUGGUGCUGCUAGCGCUUGAUUUUCUGUAUUACUCAGCCAUGAACUACGAGGUGUGCCGGGUUUAUCUGGAGAAGUGUGGGUUGGGUGGCCGUUGGCUGAAACAGGCCCGUGGUCAGUGGCACGGCGACGGGCAGGAGGAGAGGGACGGACGGCCAGCUCAACCCGCAGCUCCGUCAGAACCUCAAGAGCAACAUCAUGAACACAGCUGCGGUCAGAUCAGACACAGCCUGAUGGGAGACACACAGAGCCCAGCACAGACCGCGCACAACACCACAACAGCCUGAGACUGACCAAAUGCAAGGAACAACUGUUGGAGUCCCCUGGUGAGGAAGUGCAUUGUGGGAAGUUUAGUACAUGCCCCUGCCACAUGGACCUACAUGUCACAGGGGCCCAUUGGCCCCAAGCCUCUCGAUGUGGCCCAAAUCUCACAGAGCACAACCUCCAACAACCCCUCGACAAACCCAGAACCUCAACUCAGAGCCAACUGGAAAUGGUCCAGUGGUGGAACAAGACAUUCUGAAGAGCAGCUGUAGCGAGAUUUGUGCAACUCCAGAACCAGACUUCAGACCAAACUGGACUUCGAUAGACACAGAACUCACCCAAGACUUCUUUGGAGGACCUAUGUAGCCGUUUCUGCACCAUUUUGUGAGCUGUUCUGGAUUAAACUCUCUGUAACUGUGCAGUGUCGGUUUAUUUAUUCGUAGUCAGGGAAAACGUUGAGUGAUGAAUGAAGACGUCAAACAUCAUUUAAAAGAUCCAAGCACUCUCAUAACUCAAUACUAGAAGUUUAAUGACCUUUUUGCAUAAAUAUAAAAACUCACAUGUCGUGGGUGGUUUUGCAGUGAAGAUGUGAAAUGAAAUAGUAUGGUGAAUGUCUGUUUUUGACUACU